CUCAUUCCUGAAGUGAGACUAGGAAGAGAAAAUGAACAAUUCCCUAGAUUAUCUAGCCUACCCUGUAAUCGUCUCUAAUCACAGGCAGAGCACAACCUUCAGGAUGAAACUGGACUUUUUCCACUACAUCUUUCACAAGAAUAGAAUACAAACAGUGAAGCCUACUGUUGAUACCAAACCUCCAGUGGCGCACACACACCACAUUUUAAAACUGAGCAAGCUACAGGGUGAACAAAAGAGAAUUGACAAAAUCAAAUAUGAAAACAAGCAACUGUGUCAGAAAAUAGCAAAUGCCCAUCGCGGUCCUGCCAAGGUGGAUUGCUGGAACGAAUAUUUUUCCAAGAGCUUGAACAGAGAAAUGAAGAACCGGGAGCUAGUGAGAAUCACCAUGGAAAACCAGGGCAUUUUGAAGAGGCUUGGUGAUCGCAAACCCAACUAUGACCGCAGGUCAUCCGAGAUAGACUGGCAGAAUUCAAGACGCUAUAUCAGAAAUACAACAAGAUAUCUUCUCUCCCAAGAUGCAUAGGUAUGUCUUAACGUGGCUGCUAUUUUUAUUUACUGUAAAAUAUGGUGAUCACAGUUGAUAUCAAAGCCAUAAGAACUGUAUAGAUGGAGAACAAGGGGCCCAGUUAAAGGGAUGAAUUUUACUCUUUUAUAAUGUCGAUUGGUCAUCCAUCCAUUUUGGGAUUUUAGAGCUCUCCGUUUCCUCUCUCUGUACAAGUAGGAAAUGACUGUCUUUCGUCAUCAGCUUUGAGGCUUUCCAUGAGUCUAAGAAAAUGAUUUGUUCCAGUAAGACAUAAACAGGAGGUCUUGUGGCUUUAAUGUUGUGCCAAAGUUACAUUAUGAGUCUCUGUCACUAUUCAGAAGUACUGUUGUGUUGGCAUUGGUAUUAACAUUACUAGUAAUAACUGUCCCUGCCACCCCAGGAGAAAGACAAAAAACACUCGGCUUUCCAAUGUAAUUGUGUAUAAUUAAUGUUUCUCCAUUUCUCUCCCUCUCUCCUCCCUGAAUACAAAGUUACUCACCAUGGAAAAGAUAUACGAGAAGGUCCUAGGAUUUCUUAGCUGUUUAGAAUCUCAAGACACUCCUAAGUAGCUGAAUGCCCAAUCUUAGAAUGCUACAAUAAAGCUUGGAACAUAAAAUGAGUAAGUUACACUUAAGAUACCCAAAGGCUUUAAGUCCCAUCCCAAAAUGGAGACAGAAAGAAAGGUGCAAAUAAGCAUUUUAACUUGGGGCUAUGAAAAGAACUUUUAGUGAGAGAGAGAGAAAACAACUUUUAAAAACAUACAUCACCACCACCACCCUGUGGGGAGUGAAGGUGGGGUGACGUGAUCCAGGCACAGGUUCCCCUCUGUCAAAAUGGAAAACAAAAGCGCAAAAAGAAAUUUAAGGUUCAGACAGCACAGAGAACAAAUGUCAUUAGUUCCUCUGUAAAUACCCAGAAUUAGAAAAGAAUGCUUUGUCGAAGUUUCCAUGCACUCUGUUCAUUUAUAGAGAGCAGCAACUGUGAAAAUAUCACAAAUAUCUUGAAACAUUUUGUAAGAUGACAUUGCAUGGUCUCUAUGACUGGUUGUGUUGGUUUUGAGCCUGACUUUUUAAACUAUUUAUUUUGAAAGAGAGUAACUCUUAAAUGUUCUCAUUAGAAAUAAAUGUUUCAUUUUAAAAUCAUUAAACCCACAGAAAGUCCCAAAUAAAUGUACAGGCCUUCUGUGCCCUUCACCCAGGUUCUCCUAUUGUCAGCAUCUCGUGUAACUACAGUACAAUAUGAAACCUGGAGUUGACAUUAGUACAAUCCAUAGAGCAUACAUAAAUUUCAGUUAUACCUGCACUCAUUUGUAUGUGUAUGUACAGCUCUAUGCAAUUUUAUCACAUGUGUAGCUUUGGGGGACUAUCAUCAUAUUCAAGUUAACUGUACCAUUAUAAAAAAAAGUCUAUUGUACCUCCCCUUUAGCCACAGCUACCCUUUUCCUACCAUCCCUAACCCCUGGCAAUUACUAAUCUGUUUUCCAUCUCUAUAAUUGUUAUUUUGGGAAUGUUACAUAAAUGGGAUCGUGCAGUAUCCAUUCUUUUAAGAUUGGCUUUUUUCAUACAGUGCAAUGACUCUGUAUACGCAAUGGCAUGAUUUCCUUGAGGUUCACCCAAGUUAUGUGCAUCAAUAGUUCAUUCCCUUUUACUGCUGAAUAGAAUUCCAUGGUAUAGAUGUACCAGUUUAACCAUUCACCCACUGAAGGACACUUAGGUAGUUUCUAGUUUUUUUACUUUAAUGAAUGAAUAAGGCUGCUA